AAAUGAGUCGGACUUCCCCCUCACUAGCGGUUUUGGCACUGCAACCAAUCACCUAAGGAAUUUGAGCUGACCAAUCAUGUGUUGGAUAUGCUAAUUUGGAACCAAUCAGCGUUAGAAAUCAGGCUGUUUGAAAAUAUUUCAGGAAGUGAAUAUCCGCUUUGACGCGGACGUAAACAAACGUAGCUUAGCAAUCUAUUCACUGUUGUAACGACAGAGAGAGAUUGUACAGCAGUACAAUGUAUUUCUCUGCCGCUUAGAUCUAGAACUAUCUGAUAUCCGAUAACAGGAACCGCGUUUGGUUAGGAGCUUUACUUGAGAAGAUCUCAACUCAACAAUGUCUACUUCAAAUUUCAAGAAUAAGUGUGUGACGCAAGUCAACUGUGUAUUCUGUGACAGUCUGCUGUGUACGAGGGGGAUGAAAGCAGUGCUUUUGGCUGAUACGGAAAUAGAGUUGUUCUCAACCGACAUACCCCCAAAUAGGACAGUUGAUUUUGUGGCAAGCUGCUAUUCUACUGAAAGCUGCAAAUGCAAAUUAAGAGACAUUGCUUGUUUGAAAUGUGGGAAUGUUGUGGGAUAUCACGUGGUGGCCCCAUGCAAGCCCUGCUUGCUCUCCUGCAACAAUGGUCAUUUCUGGAUGUUCAACAGUGAGGCUGUGUCCACCAUCAAUAGACUGGAUGCAACAGGGCAGAACCUUCUGCUGUGGGGAGAUCUUCCAGAACUGGAAGACAGCGAUGAUGAGAGCCUGGACAGUUUCUCAGAAGAAGAGUACCUCAGAUAGAAACACUCACGGCCAAAGGAAGUAGACUCUUACGGUAGCGAACUAGUUUGCUUUCACUCACACAGAUCUCCGUUAAAAGCACAUUGUCUUGUCUUUAGCUGAGUGGGAAAAGGCAAAAUGAUCUUUAUCGUAGCUUGAUUCAUAUGCAUUCUUUUGCUAUUUUCUUUUAGCAUCUUCUCAGAUUAGUUUAAGUAUUUUAGAGUGCCACUACCAAAGAAACAUGUUUCUGUUUUCUUUGCUUUACGGUUGCAGUAGCACAAAACAUGAUGAUUGGACUUUAAGAUUUAUGAUGUCAUCCUCAUGUGUCUUAUACAACAUUCACAAAUGUUUCAGUCUGUUCAAGAUGAUUAACAGCAGUGUUAUUUGAGGUGUUAAUACAGGUUAUUUGCUGUGGUACUUAUGCAGAUUGUUGAGAGGCAACAAAAUGCUACCCAGCUAGACAUUUCUUUCCAAAAAAAAAAAAAGAUAGAUGGAUAUAUAGAUAGAUGGAACAAGUCUAGAUGGUUUUAUAGGAAGAAAUGACUGACAUUUACCAUGUUUUAAUGGUUUACCAGUAUAUUUCUCCAUUUCAAUUGAAUUUGUAACGCAUAUAGUGGAUAUCAGUUGGCAUAAUUUUGGUACUAAUAAUUUUUUUCUAAAUAAGGUUCAUCCCUGCAUAGUUCUGUAUUUUAUCUAAUUAUUUUCUAUAUUUAGAUUUUGUUAUUUUCACAGCUUUGACAUUUGAAGUGGCACAAAAUGACUUGGCAGCUUUAAGUAGAGUCGGUCUCAGCUCAGUGACAUUUGGCAUUUCAACAAAUUUAACAUUUUUUACUAUGGUACUUUGCUUGGCACACUCUUUUCAGUUAAUGCUGUUUUCAGUGGUUUAAAAUCUGUACUUUCUUGUACUCCAGUUAUCUUUCACUCUUUGUCACCGGGGCAAUCAUGAGAAGAUGUGACGGGGAAAAAAAAUCUGCGCUUAAUUACUGUAGACGAAAUACUGUAUGACACUGUGUGACAUACUGGAUGAAUAAUUUUAGCUUCCUAAUUGUUUUUUUUUUUCCCAUGGAGAUAACAAAAAGAUUUGCAUCCUCUUCUAUUUGUAUUGAUUUACAAAGACAUGAUGUAGUCAUUCAGUAGUAGUUUUUCCACAAUCUUGUUUACCAUUUCACUGUGUAAUGAUACAGAUUUUCCAGUCCAAUAUGAAGGCUAUUAUGCCCGCUGUAAACGUCUUAGUGCAACAUUUUAUGUCAUGUUGUAUUGAAGGUUGGAUUUUCAGUAAAAACAACAGCAAAAAGAAUCAACAACCACUAUUGUGAUAGCUUUCAGGUGUAGCAUUUUUAGGGGUUGGCUCUUUUAUGCCUUGAAGCGAUCUUUAGUAUGCAUUUACUGUAUGACCAAAAUGAAAUGAUGAAAAAAAAAAUAUAUGUUUUUCAUUUUAACUUAUUAACAGAGGAUUUAUUUGAUUUAAGUUAUCAAUGUUUUGAAUGUAUUUAUUAACAGACAUGAUACUGUAUUUAUACUGACAUGAUUUAAUUUGCGCCGUGUGAGGAUGAAAAAAAAAAUAAGUUUGUAUACUUUUGAUCUGCAUUGACAAUAUGUUGUUGGUUUAAACUUUGGGCUGUUUUGUAUGCUGAAUGUCUUGAUAUUAAAUUUUUAAUGUGGAUA